AUGGAGUAUCGUAGCCAACAUGAUCGAUCAAGGACAAUUUACAAUCGUUAUGCAUAUGAACAACAAAUGCGUACACAACAAGCUGAGUUUCAAAAUAGAAUGGAUCAAAAUGCCUGGCCAGGGUUGGAUACAAUUCCAACAACGUCCAAUUCAACAACAAUUCAUGAACUGAAUUUGAAUGUAACUAUAAAAGCUCUUUCAGAUGAACUGAAGGAAGCUAAACAACGUCAUGAACAACAACAGAAACGAAUUGAAGACAAAUUUAAAUCUAAUAUGAUAAUGAUGAAUCAAGCAUGCAUGUUGAUGCAACAAUCUCAACAAACUAAGCAAACCAUGAUAUUAGCAAUGAGUGUUACAAUAAGUCAAACAAUGUUUUCAACGUGUACAAAAGAGUAUAAAUCUACAUUUAGUUGUUCAAAAGAUAAAGUCCCACACGAACAACAACAAUUUUGA